UUGCGUCUGCGCAUGUGCAAUGCUGCGAGCGCGCCGGUGGCUGCCCUUCCCCCACCUCCUGCCGCGAGUGGGUGACAGGGCCCCGGUCUCCGCGCGUCUUCACCGACACGCGCCGUGACCCGGCCUGGCACUGAGCCACAAGUGGAGGCUGUGCCCCUCCAGUUCUGCUUUCAUAGUUCUCAGCCUUCCCCUAAAAACUGCAAAAAAUGAACAAAUCCCAGAAUGAAUAGCAAUAUGCCAUUUCAGGGAUCUGUUUCAUUCACGGAUGUGACUGUGGACUUCACUCAGGAGGAAUGGGAGCAACUGGACCCCUCACAGAGGAUCCUGUACAUGGAUGUGAUGCUGGAGAAUUAUAGCAACUUACUGUCAGUGGAGGUGUGGAAGGCUGACGACCAGAUGGAGAGGGACCACAGCAACCCAGAUGAGCAGGCGAGACCAUUUAUCAUUUUUAAAAACCAAACCCCAAUUGAGGAAAGAGGGAAUCUCUUUGGAAAAACAUUUAAUCUGAGCACAGAUUUUGUUUCUUUAAGGCAAGUACCCUAUAAAUAUGACUUAUAUGAAAAAACUUUGAAAUCUAAUUCAGACUUACUUAAUAAUAAUAGAAGCUAUAUAAGAAAGAGAGCUGAUGAGUGUAAUGGAUUUGGAAAAGCACUCCUCUAUCUGAAGCAAGAGAAAACCCAUAAUGGAUUAGAAUACUCUGAAUAUAAUAAAAGUGGGAAAGUCUUUAAAGAAUCCAUUUUUAAACAUCAGAAAAUAAGAAAUUUGGUCCAACCUUUUAUUUGUAAUUACUGUGACAAGGCUUUCUCCUUUAAGUCACUGCUCAUUAGUCACAAGAGAAUACACACUGGAGAGAAACCUUAUGAAUGUAAUGUGUGUAAGAAAACUUUCUCCCAUAAGGCAAACCUCAUCAAACAUCAAAGAAUUCAUACAGGGGAGAAACCCUUUGAAUGUAUUGAAUGCGGAAAAGCUUUCACGCACCAGUCAAACCUCAUUGUACACCAGAGAGCACACAUGGAGAAGAAGCCCUAUGAAUGCAGUGAUUGCGGCAAGACAUUUGCCCAGAAAUUUGAACUUACUACACACCAGAGAAUUCAUACAGGAGAACGACCCUAUGAGUGUAACGAAUGUGCAAAAACCUUCUUUAAGAAAUCAAACCUCAUCAUACAUCAGAAAAUUCACACGGGGGAGAAACGCUACGAGUGCAGUGAAUGUGGAAAGUCCUUUAUCCAGAACUCACAACUCAUUAUACAUAUGAGAACUCAUACGGGAGAAAAACCCUACGAAUGUACUGAAUGUGGCAAAACAUUCAGCCAGAGGUCAACCCUUAGAUUGCAUUUGCGAAUCCAUACAGGAGAGAAACCAUAUGAGUGUUCGGAAUGUGGGAAGGCCUUCAGCAGGAAGUCCCGACUCAGUGUCCAUCAGAGAGUUCACAUGAGGGAAAAGCCCUGAGACUGCAGCCAGCUGGAACUGUGGGAAACCCUUCCACCCUAACCCUUCCCGUUGGGGAAAAACUGCACAAAGGUACUGACGGAACGUACAAGUUCACAGUGAGAUACAAUCUACCAAAUCAAAAAACACGUAAAAACAGGGUCCCCUAAGAACAAUGUUAUACCCAAAGUCAGAUAUGAUGCCCAACUAAGGAAUAUAUAUCAGCAUAUAUCCAAUUGUAAAUAGACAUGCUUAGUUGUAUUACAGUGAAUUACUCAAGAAUGAAAUAUUCUGAGCAGCAGCAUUAAGGAUCAGUACCUUAGGAAUUUAGUGGUUGUGUGUGAUCCUAUCUUAGAUCCACACAUGUAAAUUUAACACUCUCAUUGGGAGUUUGAAAUCCUUGUCCUCUUAUAAUUGGGACAUGAAUAAGAUUUUCCAUGCUAAACAUGUGUUUUUCAGUACCUUUCCAAGCCAGUAUGCAUUCCACAGGAAAUAGGUAACAGAGUUUCAGUGGCAUGUUGCAUAUGUUUUCUCCUAUUGCUCGUUGGCAUAGAGAGUCGGUCCAACCAACAUUAUUCAGCUGCCUCUUCAAUAAACAGAAGACAAGGUUGAAGUUUUAACUUGUUUCUGGGGUUGCUAGAAGCAUUAUUUAUAUAAAUAUGUACGUGAGAGAGAAUUAAGAGGAGAUCUAGAGACAGACCACUGUGGGCCGUCUCUCCAUAGGCACCACAGCUGAAGAGUGCGCCCCAUCUCUAGUGCGCAGUUACUUUGCAGUGGGGUGUUUACAUACAAAUGCAUGUCUUUUAACAUUGUAUAACCCAGAAAUUACUUGUACUUUUAUUUGUGUGUUUCCCUAUUUCUCUUAAUAUUUUACAAAUUGUCUUACAAAAAGUAGAAUAUGUAUGUGGUUCACAAAUGUUACAUUUUAGAGACUUUAGAGAAAAAAUUUAAGAAACUGUCAGUAUAUGUCUUAAUGCUUUUUUAAGUGUCCAUGUGCACAACCCACUUUAGAAAUGCAUUUUUGCCCCAUUCUGUGUAAAGGAGGCAUUUCCACUCCCUGAGUUUCACGGUCAUCAACCAGAAGCAUCUCCCUUUGGAACUUGAGUACAAGUUAAGCCUUUCCUUUAAAGGUUCACACAUUAAAGGUUACAAGUUAGACUUUUCAGCUAUCUCUCCAUAUGUUUAAAACCUAAAAAAAGCUUUUUGCAUAACUCAGAGGCAAAGUAUUGAUUUCAGAUUCCCAAGUUUCUCUCCUGAUCAGUCAUAAAUCACACACUAGAUUUGUCACUGGCAACUAUAACUGGCCUUUUUUCUUCCUUGCUUCUGAAUGUCAUUGAUGUGCUGUGACUAUAUAUGAAUAUGAGUGACCUGAACAGAUUUACCAGAACAUCUAUGUCCAGUAAGUCUUUGUCUUUCUAAAUUGUCAUCUUGUCUACUACCAAGCAAGGAAGCAGGGGAAAAGAUUCAUCUCAUACACUGCUGUUAGAAAUGUGUAAAGUGUAACUCUUCUAACAUUAAGAAUACACAUACCCUUCAAUCCAGGAGUCUCACUCCUGGGAAUCUAUCCCUAAGAAAAAAUAAAGUGCCAGUAUUUAAGAUUAUAUGUUUAUCAAUGUAUAUUGUAUUUUUUGAUAAAGACAAAAACAAUGUGAAUGACCAUCAGUAAGAGAAUGAAUAAACCUCAGUAAAACUA